AUGGAAUCGUGGGCUGAAGCUCCAGGUUUGAGCGAAACCAUUAGGAACUAUGCAAUGAAGAAUAUGGUAGGUCUGUUAUCCGACGGCGCUGCAGUGAUGCAAGGGCAUAUCGGUGGGGUCUACGCAACGAUGAAGAAUUUGAUACAGGAGAGCACGAGAAACGAUGCUCAUCCACGGGAUAACCUCAUUUUGUCAGUGUGUAUGGCGCACAAAUUAAACCUGGCAGUGACCACUGAGAGAGGAAAUUUCUUCCAAUUAACAGAAGCAGUUGUUAUGGAAAUGUACCACAUAUUUGGAACUACGGUGCGAACGGUAGGCAGAAGAGUAUACAAGAGAGUUGCUAAGCAAAUGGGCUACCCCUAUCUACAAAUGAGGGCACUGUUCAAGACAUUAGAGAUACUUAAAAGCCGCAAUCGCUUUCCGGCUGAAACAGUGAAACGAGCAAAAAUCGCAUCGUGGGUUCUCAUGGAUGGUCGCACAUUCAUUGCAAUGCACCAUGUACACACUGUCUUCAUCUUGGAGGGGAUUACUGAAGCUCUGACUAGCAACAUUUGUAAUAUUGAAACUGAGCGGCAAAUCCUUGAAAGAGGAGUGCUCAAAAUGUACGACAGAUCGACAAACAAGUACAGUCACGUCAGCGAUGAUUAUUUCAACAACUACUUCACUUCUCCUGAACAGCACCCAGCAGGUACGGGUCUGCUGCUUGGGUAUAACCCGAAGGCAUUCAAGGACUACUCUCCCUCACGCGGCGGUCAUUCGGAAGAAGAGGAGGAGGAACAAAAACAACCUGAGGUACAAGAAGAAGAACAGGAAAGCAGAGCAAUGCUCAACAUAAAAUUGUUCCGAAAUUUAGAGCUCGCAGAAGCGCCCGCCGGAAUAAGUUUGACUCAAGAAGAUCCCGACUUGGCUUAUCAUAUUGAAGACUCGCCGGACUUCGAUUUACGACAACUCCGAACUGUUACCCUAGGACGAGUGUAUGAGGCUACCAAGCCGACUACGUCGGUUGCAGACGCUGCAUUUCAUUUUUAUCAAGAUGUUGCUAGGGCUUUGCAGCAACAUAUGGAAAGUGGAAGGGAGCACGAACUUCGGCCGAGUGACCUGAUUGCAUUAGAAAGGCAAACAAUCAUAGAUAUUGUGGAGUUUGCUGGAGACUUUGAAAGUGGAUUUAUAGACUACGUGCCAAGUGAUUGGAAUUUCCCUGACAGAGGAUGUCCAGAAUAUAUAAAUCAAGAAGAGCAGAGAUUCAAUCCCAGCUUGCGACAUGAGCUCAUCCUCCAUUCCAUUGGAACCUUAGAGCGCUACUGCAACAUCGCAGGUUUGAGAGAACCAAUGAUACGCUUCUACAACACUAUAAGUCGAGCCUUAUCUCAGCAUAUGCAGUGGUCAUCCAUGCGAGAUAAAAAAUUCGGUAGCCCGUAUUUGUACGAACAACUUCUGAAAAACUCCCAUAAAUUUGGAAUUGCGGAGGAAGUGGCGCAGGCUAUCAGAUGUGUUCUGGUAAUUCCUGCCAGCAAUGCAGAUUCUGAGCGAAGUUUUUCGGCAGCAAAUCGUCUAUCCAGGGAAGAGCGCAGCAAUAUCAACUCGGAGACGCUUGACCACUUAAUGACUGUUCAACGCAAUGGACCCAGCUUGUUAACUGUGUUAACAAGCUUGUUAACUGUUAACUGUGAAUCCGGAGCAGCUGGCUUCCCAAUGGAUACAUCCUCUACCAGGACUGCGUUUGCGACCUGGGAAACCAUCCACAUAUGA